UGUAAAUUCCGAUAACUCCAUCAGCCUCUUCUGCGCUCGCCCCCGCACAUAUUGACCCCCACGGAUUCAAUUGCGCUUUAAACCAACGAAGACGCCGGCGCUACAAUCGUGAACUUAUACUCACUGGUGAAUGUAGGAGACGAGCGACCCUGCACGAGAUGCGUUAAGCGUGGCCUCGGCGAUGCCUGUCAGGAUGGAGUACGAAAAAAGGCGAAAUAUCUUCAUGAUGCCCCUCCAGAGGCCCUCCGCCCAGUCUUGGGUCCCAACUACAAUCCAAAUGCCGGAUCAAAGCCGACAAAUGGCAGGCAGGUCGCAAAUGGUAAUAUGGAAGCCUCAGCGUACUACUCACACAAUACGAAUAAUACAGCAUAUCCAAUGUACGCAAAUGGGGCGCAAAACACGGUCGCAGGAAUGCCGGACAAUAUGGCCUACGGCAGUCAACAAUCCCCUAUUACAAAUGGGUUUCAGGCUGCAAAUAAUGCUAGACAAAUGAACGGUAUCCCUGUCCACCAGGUGUCUACUGAGAUGCCGAAUCAUUUUUCCACCGCACUUUUCGACCCGAGCAACCCCGCGAUCUUCAACUUCGAUCUCGAGGGACUGAAUUUUGCCAGCAAUUAUAGCGCGCUUGAAUUUGGAAUGCUGGGCCACAUGUCUUCUGGCGCCGCUGAGACGCCACCACAAGAAGCCAUAGCACACUCUGCCAGCAGCGAUGUCGGGUAUGGUCCACCACCCGUAUUCCCCAACGGAGCCAGUCAAUAUAACCAACUCUACGAUCACGGUGUAGUUGAAAACUUCAUCAGCGUCGAUCAAAACAAUGUGUACUCCCAAGGUAAUCUGCAACAUGGGUUACCUCAUGCCUACGCGGUUGCAGCUGCUGGCCCGACGCCUAGCAGUUUGGCCAGCCCAGGCACAGAGAACACUUCCAGUCCCCAGCCAGGGAGUUACGAAUUUGAUAAGUCUCCUACCGUCGGUGGCUAUACAACGGCGAAUUCUCAGGGGAUUGCGCAUGCUUCCAGACCAAAGCCUAAACCUACCAAGGCGAACCCACAUGAAAUAUUAGGGCCACAAUCUAUAGUAGCCAAGCGACGGGAUCCUUCUUCCAUAUACGAAACCGUUAAGGAGCCGUACCCGUAUCUCAACGGCUUCCACAGGUUGAUCGCCUUCGUCCAACGCAGGUUCUCACCCAAUAAGACCCUACGCAUUGCCAAGUCCUUGGCCAGCAUCCGACCUUCAUUUAUGGUGUGUACGAACAAUCUGAACAGGCAAGAUUUAAUUUUUAUGGAAAAAGUUCUCCAACGCACUUUAUUUGAAUACGAGGGUUUCAUGGGAUGUGCCGCCUCUCCGACGGUGGUGUGCAGACGGACAGGAGAGGUCGCUGCAGUCAAUAAAGAGUUCAUUGCUCUCACUGGGUGGACGAAAAAUGUUCUCCUUGGAAAGGAACCGAACUUGAACGUUAACUUGGGCCGCUCAGGGUCGGAGUCGGGAAGUAUACCCAGCAAGUCUGAAUUGACCACGCCCAGGCUGAAGACGGCCCAGCCAGACACAUCAAAGACAUCAGAGGGAGUUACACAGCCUGUCUUCUCUGCCGAGUUCAUGGACGAUGACAGUGUCAUACAAUUCUACGAAGACUUCGCGCAAUUGGCCUUUGGGGAUAGUCGCGGCUGCGUGACAAGGAAAUGCCGGCUACUCAAGUAUCGAACCAAAGAGAUGAACGAAGCGCUCACCAACGAAGACACUCCUCAGAAGAACGUCCGGAAUAGCAUACUCAGUAACAGGGUUACAAAGAUCGACGGCGAACACGGCAUUACCAAGCUCGGAAAAGACGGCAAGCUUGACUGCAUUUGUUGCUGGACUAUAAAACGCGAUGUUUUCGAUAUACCCAUGCUUAUCAUUAUGAAUUUCAUGCCUUGCUAUUAUCGUGACCAAGACCAGCUUGCCGUAUGAGCUUGGACGACUGUGCCUCGGGUCACCUACCUUUCCCUUGUUGAUAGAUAUCGGCUUCAGUUAUAUAUCCUUAGUAACAUGGCUUCCAUUUCGAUGAAGCAAUGGGCGGCGUUCUGGAUGGGGCUCGCAUAUUUAGAGUCCUUCUCCCUGUCGGAUGGGAGCUGGUCAUCAUUCUUAGUAUUUUCCGGCCAUAGAUUUCGCUUAUAGAACAAAUGAGAACAAGGAAACAAUGUUCCAGUAAUUAGAGA